AUGUCUGCCACAGAGGAGCAAAGUCUGAUUCCAGGUGGCCAGGACCCCAGACCCGGUGGGGUCCCGGUGUCCCCUUCAGAAGGGGUGGAUGGGGUCGAGGAAGCCGCAGCCUUCCUGGCUUCUGAAGGGGUUUCCCGAGACCUUCCUGAGGAGGAGGGUGGGCAAGAUGCUGCCCAGGCCGCAGAAAAGAGCCAGGAGGUAAAGCUGGUAGACGAGGAGGAGGGGGGGGGAGAGGACGAGGAAGAAGAGGAAGAAGAGGAGGAGGAAGAGGAGUUCGAGUUCGAGUUCAAGUUUGGAGAUCAGGAAGACUAUGAGUACCAGUCACCAGAGUUUGAGUUUGGGAACCAGGAGGAGUCUGACUAUGAGUCAGAAGAGGAGGGUGAAAACGAGGAAGAGAAUGAAGAAGAAGAGGAAGAGACUGAACAGGAGGAAGACAAUGGCCAAGAGCCCGCAGAUGUCCCAGAAGUCACCACGGCUGCUCCUGAGACCCCCAUGGCACGGUUUUGGUCCCUCUUCAGGGCUCUGCUCCAUUCCCUUCUACACCGUAUCCAUGAUAAUGACCAUGUCCUGGUCCAGCCCCAUGCAGGCCGCGUGGGAAUCAGGCGCCACUCCCGGGAGCCUGAGGACCCUGGAGAGGGACCAGCGCCUCCAGAGGUGGAAGAGCCAGGAGAAGGACCAGCUCCCCAGGACCAGGAGCACCCGAGAGAGGAAGCGGAGGUCCGGGUGGGCGAGUACCAGGCAGAGGGCACCUCGCCCUGGGGGCCGCAGGAACCAACAGAGGAGGCUGUAUCCCCAAAGGCAGAGGAACCUACAGCAGAGGCUCACGGAAAAGAGGACGAGGCCCUGGGCGAUGCCUCCAAGUCCUCGGAAGCUGGGGCCUGUGCCCCCGACAAGGUCCAGGUUGGCGAGUGGCCGUCAAGUCCUCGGGCCCUUGCAGCCCCCCUUGGGGCACCCAGCUCAAAGGCAGGCGGUGCUCAGCACUUGCCUUUGGCGGUGAAGCAGCGGGUCAAAGCUCUCAAAAAUCUUCAGGCCCAAUAUGCACAAGUGGAAGCUCAAUUCUACAGAGAUUUUCACGAUCUAGAGAAAAAGUAUGCGGCCUUCUACCAGCCUUUGUUUGAUAAGAGAUCUGAGAUCGCCAAUGCAAUCUAUGAGCCCACAGAAGGUGAAUGUCAGUGGCAAGUAGGUGUCCAGGAAGGCGCGUGGGGGGGAAUGGAAAGAGAGCCUGCGGGGAAAGGGCCAACAAACGGCAUACCUCACUUUCGGUUGACGGCUUUUAAAAAUGUGAAGAUCCUUGGGAGGAUGAUCCGAAAAAAUGAUGAACUUGUACUAGAGCACUUGAAAGAUGUAAAAAUUAAAUUUUCAGGGUUCGAGGAACCAAUGAGCUUCACCAUAGAAUUUAUCUUCAAGUCCAACGAAUACUUUUUCAAUGAAAUCCUGACUAAAACAUACCAAAUGCGAUCAGACCCAGAUGAUUCUGAUCCCUUCCUCUCCAAAGGCCCAGAAAUUAUCAGCAGCAUAGGAUGUGAGAUCUACUGGAAAGAGGGGAGAAAUGUCACCAUGAAGACGAGCAAGCUGCAGAAAGGUGAGGACCGCAGAAGCAUUGUAUCCACCACCAAGAAGACGCCCAGCUACUCUUUCUUCACCUACUUCUAUCCUCCUGAUUCUCCUGAGGGCAGAGUAGUCGAUGUCGCCACCGAUUAUAAAUUGGGCUAUUUUUUCCGUGAAGUUCUGGUCCCGAAGUCCGUAUUAUUCUUCACCAAUGAAGCCAGUGAAUGUAAGUGUGGAAGCUCUGAUGAUGAGGCCCGAGAAGCUGGAGGUGAGGAAAAGAAAGCAGACGAGAUCAGAAAUGAAGAACCUGAAAAAGGGCCUGAAAAGCAUCUGGACCCAGGCGAGAGCAGUUCCUGAGAACCCAGUUUGGAGGCAUAGUAAGACAUGAACGAAGAAAGCCACAAUGAAUUUGUUCUUCAAGGAAUGGAGAUUUUCUGAUAUUUAUUUGUCUUUCGAAAUUUUAGCACCACUGGUUUUCUUCUAAUGUCAUCA